AUGUCGAAAAAAAUAUCGUUGCCGCCUCUUUCCGCGGAAUAUCAAUACGAAGAAGAUUUAGAUUCGGAAUGGGAAGAUUUUAAUAGGUUGUUAACGGAAUACAGGUUGGGAAAUGGUAGGAUUCGUCCACAAACCUCAUCUUUUUUAGAUUUGGAAUAUCCGACGACGAGAAAAGCACACGAACAAACGAGUUUUUAUCCUUGUCCGCCGAGUGCACCGGAAGAUGAAAAAGAUGAUCCAUUGGAUUAUAUCGGAACGGCGAAAAAAGGUCGAUUUUGUUGUUAUCGAUUUAAUUUGCAAAUUUCCGAUAUGUUAUUAACAUCUUGA